CAUCCGUCUGCCGCGAGCGCCGCCCGUCGCCGGCGUCCGCGCCCCGGUCUCGUACUGUACACUCCGACACGUACCUCACAAGUCGACCGAAAAUUACACGAUUUUCACCGAUUUUUUUCACAAUAACCCGAAGACAUGUUAGAAAAUCGUGAAUCGCGGUGAAUUACAGGAGAAAAGUGCAGUGAGUGUCGAAUCAGGAGCGGUUAUUUUUGUGUUUUUGCACGGGUGUGCGCGCAACGGCGGGGCGGGGAUUCCGUUUCGCGGCUGCCGCGCUCGGCCGGGCCGUCGCGACGGCUCGCACAGUCGGCGCUCCGGUAGACAUGUCCGCACCGGUAGCGGAGCGCGGUGUGGUGCGCGUAGGCGAGUGAGAUAUGCGCGCGGGUGAACCAUGGAUGUAGUGACGCCGCACAUUACGUCGGUGCUGAAGACGUACCAGGCGUCGGCGCCGCGCAGCCUGCAGGGCCCGGGCGCGGGCCUGCCGGGGCCCGCAGUGCCGCCGGGGGUCGCGGGGCCUGGGCUGGCGGGGGCCACGGGGCCGCCGCCGCCGUUGCUGGCCGCGCCGCCGGCGCCGCCUCUACUGCUAGCCGCCGACCCCGUGCUGGGCGAGCGCGGCGAGACAGACCUCGAGGGCGAGCCCAUCUCCUGCUUCAGCGUCGGGGGCGAGCGGCGCCUGUGCCUGCCGCAGAUCCUGACCUCGGUGCUGACCGAUUUCAGCCUCGAGCAGAUCAACCGCGUGUGCGACGAGCUACAGAUCUACUGUUCGCGCUGCACGCCCGAACAGCUACACGAGCUCAAGUCGACGGGCGUGCUGCCGCGGUCGGCGCCCUCGUGCGGGCUCAUCACGCACACGGACGCGGAGCGGCUGUGCGCGGCCCUGCUGCACGCGCCGCUCGGGGCGCGCGCGCAAAUUCUUCGUGGUUUCCGUGUUUACCACGAGUGCUUCGGUGGCGGGCGCGGCGUGUGCGCGCCGACCCCGGGAUUGGUUCAAUGCGACGAGUGUCGGGCGUUGUACACCCCGCGACGGUUUGUGUCGCAUUCGCAUGCAUCGGAGAACCGCACGUGCCACUGGGGGUUCGACUCGUCGCGCUGGCGGCGGUUCCUGCUGGUGGCGGACGACGAGCCCGACCAGGACAAGUGCGGUGUGCUGCUGGACGAGCUGGAGGCGCGGGAGACGCAGCCCGUCGCACUCAAGCAUCACCUGUCCCUCAAAAGGAAACAGGUGGUCGAGACGGUGGUGUGCAAGCCUGAGCCCCCAGAGUCGCCCCCGAAGAAGAUACGAGGCGAGGACUACGGCUACGCCCUGUACCUGGACCCUUACGCCCACCUGACCCACUACCGGGCAUUAUCCGCCUUCAGACCCUGGGGCAAACGGGAGCCGGUACUCCAACACCCUGAGAGGGUCGUCCGCGUCGCAGACUGCACCAGGUUCGAGCGAGACUUCCAACCCAACGUUGCGUUGAAGCCAAUCACUCCGCCAGUCGACGACGUCACGUCUUCAACCUCCCCCCCUCCGCACACAGAGUUGGCAGAAAGACUCUUGGAUGCGGAAGCGAAGCUAGAGGAACGCUCCAGAAGACUGGACGCGAGGGAAGCGGAACUGGCGCGGAGGGAGGCGAGACUCGAAGAGAGGGAAGCGGAGAUAGCGCGCAGGGAACGAGCGCUUGAGAAACCAGACCUGAUGACCACUCCUCCGCCGAAGCAAGAGCCCGACCCGCCGUGUUGACCUACAUCGGUGAUCACCCGGCUGCGGCAGUGAAUGUGGACGCUCAGUGACAUUGCGUGUCCAAAGUACAAAACUGUGAGGUGCCGAGAGUCCUGUAAAUAUCAAGUUUUAAUUUUUCACUCUUUGGGAUAUUGAAGCGUAUUGAGAACUCUAUUUAUACUCUUGUACAAAGGGGUGGGCCGUGUUAGGUGUGCUGUGGCACCCAGGUUACUCCCAAAUAUCGAUUUUACCGCAGAUACACUAGCAGAUACAAAUAAAUACAUGUACAUAACAUAAUCAUAUCAAGUACAGUUUUAUGAAAUUAGUUGUUUUAUACGAUUUUUCUUGUAGUCUCUUCGACGUGUGCCAUUCUAAAGGUACCUCUGUGACCUUAUCAUGUAACCUCAGUCUGUGCUUUUUCAAUAAUUAACAGAAUACUCACAUUUUUAAUAUAGUGAAAUAGUUAUAAACAUACAACCAUAAGCAUAAUUUAUACAGGGUUAUUUUUAAGUAUUUUUUUUUUGCAAUAGGUACGUACAGAUAAGCAAGGACAAUGUUUUAUUUAGGUUAAUCACUUCCUCACCUCUACUUACAUAGAAAUUGCUACGUCAGUUUUAACGUCCACGGUAUGGCGGCGCCGACUUGUGAGCUCUGUCAUGUUAUAAGAAGACCAGGUAUGCUCAAUCCUAUGACAAGCCGCCAUUGCUAGCCCUUCGAUGAUGUAAGUGUUACCACUGUGUAACCAUUAAAUUGAUAUCUCCAACAUUCCAAGGACGUAAAUUUUAUUAUUAAAAAAUAAUUGAAUUAUUGACUAAUGUAUUUAAUUACUAUUACUUGUCACAUAUAUCAAAAUCAUUAACACUGCAAGUAAAUCUUUUACUAAAAGUUCAAAAUCUCCUUGCAAAGUAAAUAUAAAAACAUUGGUCAUGGGUAAUUUAUUUUUUACAAAAUGGCAACACAGGGUGGGAUUACGUCAGCUGGGGUAACCUUGAAAUGUUAGCUGUCACUUUUGAGCAUACCUGGAGCUCUCUCACAUACGUAGUCCGUGGCGACCUUCGGAGUCGCCAUCACGGGGACCGCCAGGAAACUCCAUAGUCAUCAUAAAAGUACACUUUUCAAGUAUUGGUGAGCUUUAUCAUAGUAUUCAUAGUUUAACAUUACAGAUUUUAUUUCUCUAUGACAAAUAACUCUGUAUAAAAACCUCAACCAUACCAAAUAGUUAUAAAUAUCACAAUUGCGUUCUCAAACAGAGAUCCGAUACCUGUUUCAAAGGUUGUAUUGUACAUCAAACGACCUAUAAAUUAAGAGUUUAUUCGUCUACGUCAUCAUCAUGAAGAGAGAGGCGGAAUGCUAUGUUAUGUAUGUCUUCUUACAAACAAAUGAAAUUCAUACUUCCAUACAUUUUAAUACUUAUAUAUUUUGUUGUGUCUAUCGCCUGUCUACCGAUACUGUUGUGCAGGCCGGCAAAAAUAUUAAUAAGGGAUAUAUCCCAAAUUCUACCUCAUUGUAAAUAAAAUAUUUGGCUAAAAUAAGAAAUGUUAUGUAAGCUUUUCGGUUUAUGCCUUGCUUCGGGCAGGGUCGAAGUGAAAGAUCGUCUUUUGGUUCUAGUUUCUACGAUUCGCUCUUACAGAAUUGAAUAAGAAUUCGAUUGGCAUGCGUAGAAGCUAGGAUGAUCGAUUCACUUUAUAGUAAUAGAACGAUCUUUAAGAAUGAGUUGAAAUUGAAGCGGAGCGGAGCAACCAAUCGCGUGUGAGACAGAAGAUACAGACGCUCUCUGUUGCUGUCACCCUCGUGGUGAUUGGUCGAUUUCUGCACGUCUUCGCUCUGGUGGAAACUCAUAAGAGUCAGUUUAAACUGAAGCGUAGCGGAACAACCAGUCUUAACGUAUGAGACAGAAGACUCUCCCGUUGUCUUCCACGUGGUGAUAGGUGGAUUCUUGCACAACUUCGCUGGUCUCCGCUCUGCUCCGUUCCGGUGGAAUUUCACCCUACUCGACCUGUGUACGGAGAAUUCGCAAGGCUUUUUAGAUUUUACAUAAUUGAUUUUGAGUCUGUACUUUGGAGCAAUAAUUUAAAUUAAAAAAAAAGUGAAAUUGUCACUGCCUGAACUUAAUAUUUGUUCAUUUUCCUGUCGUCUUUUAAAAGUUAAUAUUUAUAAAAUGUUGAUAUAAAGUAAGCCUUUACGAUUGGUUGUAAACUUAAAGUUGUUUAAGCGUGUUAUUCGAAAUUAGUCGGACAUUGGACACAAUUUUUUCAUCACAAACAUGUUGGACAGAGUUGUCACGGGGUGACAUUUUGAGCAUUUUUUUUUUCUAUUUUUGCUAUCUUAUGUGAUAGGUGUUUUGCUGUCAAGCGUAUUACGUCAACAAUCAGGAAUGGUUGUGCUAUAAUCUUGAUUGUUUCUGGGUAUAUGUUCUGUUUUAUACUUAUUAGCUUUUGGACAAGUUUGUCUGACGCGAGUGGCCGGGGAACGAUUCAAACAUGGUAUUCAACUUUUAUCUGUACCGCGCUAUCUAAGUUUUUUUUUGGGGAUCGUAGCCUGGACAGUCCUCAUUGAUAUGAGACAACGCUAUAGUCGCGGAAUCGGUACACAAUUUUGUAUAGUUUUAUAGUAGGUAACUUGUCAUUUAAUUCUAUUACAAUCUGAGACUCUUGAAGAAAAUGACAAUCAUAUUUUUAUUCGCAUUACUUUUUUAUUUUUCAUUUCGUUUACGAUCUACGGGGACCCACAAACUUCCAUAUUGAGAACCACUGACCGUAGGCUAUAAGACCACAGAACACCUACCCAGAUGUAAUGUUCAGUUAAGUGCCGCCAUUACUAUCGCCAGUAACAGUGCAUUUUUAGUGCAUAUUCAUUGCCACUGGGCAAUAUUUAUUUUAUAUCCCAACUGUAGAGCGUUUAUUGCGAUUCGAUGCGCUCGAUUCGUGUUGUUUGUAUGAGACCUCUUUGUUUAGUCAUCAUGCUUUCAAUGCCAUGACACCGUAGGCGACAUUUUGAUAUAAUUAUCCUAUAUCUCUACCAACACGCGGAGUCUGUCAGCCACGAGCUGAUGAAAACCACGAGCUUCGACCAGUAGACAAACUUGAGACGUUUAUUGCGUUUAUUGAUAGAAACUCGCGUCAUUCGUCUCGUCUAAAACUAAUGUAAAUAAACAUAGUACGUCUAUUUGUCGAAGUGAUACGUUAAAUAUACUUAAGGUUAAGUUCAACUAGACUCAGCACUCAUCUGUCGUUGAAGUUACAGCUUUAAAAGUAUGAUGACAAGAAUUCUGGUCCGAGUAACAAUAUUGUUUGUCAUUCGCUUCUUAUUGAUACUUGUAUCCGGUGUUAUGUUUCAGUAAUGAGUUAAUAUACCUAGAUAUAUAAAGAAAUUUCCGGUAAAAUACACAGCAGCACAACUGUUGACGAUUUAAAAGAGUUUUUAAUCGCAUUUGUAGCCUGUUUUUAUCGUAAAUGAUGUCUGUGUCGCCAAAAUGUCGCAAAUUUUUAAGUAGAAUGAUAAACAGCAAUGUUACUCUUCUUGUGUGAUAACAAGACUGCAAACCAUAGCAUAUAGAUAAUAAAUAUACGUAUAAAAGCGAAACUCGCUGUCGAACGCAUUAUGAUUAAUAUUAGCCUACAAUAAUGGUUCCCAAUUAGUUUUCCUGUGUACCAAUCUAAGUUUAAAAAAGUUCAAACUCGCGCGCCUUUUAGCUGAAUUAUCAAAAGCCUAAAAAACUAGUGUGGGUUUGUAAUUCCGGAUACACGGAACUUAAGCAAAUUCUCUUACCCUAGGGAUAACCGUACUACUAUUUGGGAACCACUGGCCUACAGAAUCGUAGUGUUUAAGUUUUUCGGCGCGUGAGUGUCAUUUCUAUAUGUAUUUUGAUUAUUGUCAUGCAAGUAACUGUAGUGAGGUGCACAUUACCCGGCCAAGCGUCGGCCAAGUGAGCGCAAUAUAAUUGUGUAUCGUCAACCGUGGAAUGAGAUUUCACUGUUAAAAGUGACUGUUAUAAACUUUGGCAAAGCUCAAAUUUGUAGAGAAAUGUAAAAUAUGUAUUUCUUUUAAAGAUUUUUCCUUUCAAAGAGUGCUAUGUUGUAGUUAGUUGUUUUAAGCUAAGUUUUCAGUUCUAGGAUAGGUUAUAUCUCUAGUCAGAGACAUUUUGAGAAAAUAAAUUACCAUUUACUUAUUAAUAUAUUAUUCAAAUAGGUACUUUAAGCGAGUGUAAUAAGAAUAACUUAUUGUUUUAAACAUUAAAAUAGCGUAAACUAGGAACAGACUGUAUGUCAUUUUAAUUUGUAAGGCAUUAGAUGAAACUUUUCUAUCUGUACUGUUGUUGGGAAUGUAAUUUUGGUGCUAUGAUAUUUUGGCUUGGCUAACUUAGUAUUUAAUUGUAUGAUAUAUUUUGUAAUAUUUAUUUAUUGGCAACUAUUCGGUUCUACUAAUAUUGUUUAUUUUAUUAUUAUAAUUUGAAAGUUUAGAAUACCUGCGUACAAUUUUGGUUCGGAUUCAAAAGAAAAAAGAUGGCUAAGCCAUUUUCUACGACUUACAUUAAAAUAACGCUUUAAUUCUUAGCGUAGGUUGUAAUAAUAAUUAAUGUAUCGAUGGAAAAGUUUCAAAAAGCAUACUCUCACUGUCUUGUCUUGUAUAACAAUAUUAAUGGUGCUAAAAACGCGUGUAAAAGAUCAUGUCCUAGCUUAUAUCAAACAAACUUUAAGAACUUUCAAAUAAGUCUAUUUCAAACUAAUUGACACAUCAAUUAAAUAGGUAAUCAUUUAAUUUGAUUAUACAAUCUCUUUUAAAAAUAUUAAACAUCAACUGGCGACUACUGUUAUAAAAACUGUGUUAAGCCAUUAAAGAAUGGAAAGAAUGGCAAUUUCUAAAUAUUUUUGACAAAAAUGGCCAGUUAUUCAAAAUUAAAAAAAAACAUAUACAAUCUUCGCCGUAGCCACUUUACCUUUUUAAAACUCAAAUAAAUAAAUAUUUGUUUUCUGAAAUCUUUACACUUUAGACACACUCUGCAGGUUGUAUUGUUUCCUUUUAUAUUUUAAUUAAUUUGAAAGACAGUGAGAGUAAGGUAAUGUAAAUAUUAAUUUUGUUCAAGGCGGGUGUGGUAAGCACACGUUAGGCUGUCCUAAACCCUAAAAUAGUAGCAUUAGGCGCAGUGAAACUAUGUCUCUAUUUCUUUUGUCUAAAAUAUAAAAAUAUAUAUGAAUUGUCGUUCAAGGAAGAAAAGAUUAUGAACUCAGGGGGGUUAAAAAGGCCAUAUCGAAGCAAUUCGUCCAAAAAAACAAUAUAGCUACAAAUAGCUAUAUUGCUUUUUUGUUCGCUAUGCACAAACAUUUGUGUGCAUAGCGAACUUUUAUAUGCGCAAAUGUCAAAUUGUUAUAUUGUUUUCUUGGAUGAAUUGCUUCGAUGUGGCCUUUGUAACCCCCUGGUUAUUUACCCAGAAACAACGGCAAUACACGUUCUUAAAAAUUGGACCACAAUUUAGUUUCUAAUUUAUUUAAAUUUAAUUAUGACAGCUCUACCCCUUAAAUUAUUUGACAUAACAUUACUUGACAUAAUUGUUUAUAAGUACCUACUGAAUUAUUCGAUAAUUAUUUGAAAGUUUUGAAUAAACAUUUAAUGCAAUAUCAAAUACAGAAUCCAAUUUUCAAGAACAUGUAAAUUGAAAGAUAUCUUUUUUCUGAAUAGAGCUAGUUUUAAUUUAUAACGAUUGAGUUUCUUCUAGCGCUCUACAACUUUUAUUGCAUUAAUAUAAUAUAAGAAUUUUAUGUUAAUUGACAAAAGAAUAUCUAAUGAGACGAGGUUUGCCGCGUGAUUGGUGAUUUGCCAGGGUAUAAACACUGUACUCCUGUGAUCUCAAUGUAUGAACGUUUAAUUAAAAUCAACAAACAUUUUUGAUGUGAAAGUCGCAAUCUGUUUCUUGUGAAUCGUCGAAAAUGUGUCAGUGAUUCAAAAUACUUAAUGAAAAGUCUAACUAUCUAUUUAACAAGAAUAAUGGUUUUUCAACAACGAUCAUAAAUCAUUCCGAAAAAUGGCUGUGACUUACGAGUUACUACAGGAUUGCACGGUGGUUUUUUUAUAAUAACUAGUUACUUACCUACUUAAUUAAUAUGAUUGACUGAUUUACAGUCAUGACCAUACUUGAAAAAAAGCUGUAUGGCGUAAAAUCGCUGCCUGACUUUGUUUAAAAAAACAAUGAAAGCAGCAUAGAUUAAAAUGAUUAAAAUCAUGAGCACAUUUUCGAUGAAUCACGUUCAACAAAUUUUUUUCAAUGUCGAAUUUUAUAUUUUUUAAUGACAUUUACUGCCAGCACGGGAAGAAGUUAUGAUGGCGAUGAAAAAUGUAAAAAAAAAGAAUUUUAAUCUAUGCACUCUUAGCUAGCAUUUGGAUAUGAAUUGUUUGAAUAGAAUGCUGUCUUGUUUUGUGCCAAUUUUAAAAUAUUGUUGCGCGAUUCCAAUGGCAGUAGAUGUGCAAUUGUGACUGUGUUCUUAAAAAUCUUUAUUACAGUAAAUAUGAUUUCUGUUUAAUUUGUAACCUAGCUAGUUAUGCUAGGUAUUAUUUAUAGAAUACAUAUUGUAAAAAUGAAAUAUAACAUCUACACUCAUUCA